AUGAGCGCAGUCCUCAUCACCGGCGCGACCGGCAAACAGGGUGGUUCAGUGAUUCGCAAUCUCCUCGCCAAGAAUGCCCCCUUCGAUAUCCUCGCUGUCACGCGCAAUGCACAGUCCUCAUCGGCCCAAAGACUCGCACAGCAAUCACCCAGGAUUAAACUGGUCGAAGGCAACCUGGAUGACCCAGCGGCGCUAUUCCGCGCCGCCAAGAGCGGGAGCUCCACUCCGAUAUGGGGGGUGUAUAGUGUCCAGGCUGCCGAUCCACGCAAUGAUAACGAGCGUCGACAGGGUGUGGCCCUAGUCGACGAGUCCAUCAAGCAAGGCGUGAAGUUCUUCGUCUACAGCUCCGUCGACCGCGGCGGCGAGGCCUCCAUCAACAAUCCCACCCAAGUCCCGCACUUCAUCUACAAGCAUGAAAUCGAAAAGCACUUGAUCGCAAAAUCAGAGGGCACCGACAUGCGGUGGACGAUCUUACGGCCCACCGCCUUUUUCGAGAACUUGACGCCCGAUUACUUUGGCCUUGUCUUUGCGACCGCGUGGCAGAUGGCGCUGAAGGGCAAGCCGCUGCAGUUAAUCGCCACCAGUGACAUCGGCUUCUUUGCCGCUCAAGCAUUUCUACAUCCCGAAGAGUCGCAAGGGAAGGCUUUCUCCCUGGCAGGGGAUGAGUUGACGUAUGAUCAGAUGGCGACAAUCUUCAAGCAGAAGACGGGGAAAGACGUACCGACCACCUUCAGGAUUCCGGUCAAGCUAAUGAUGAUGGCCGUCAAGGAGCUUGGAGUGAUGUUUAAAUGGUUCCAUGAUGAGGGAUACGGGGCUGAGAUUAACGCCCUGAGAAAGCUCAAUCCGGACCUGAAAGACUUUGGCACGUGGUUGGAGACGGAGAGUGGAUUCCGGUAG